AUGUUUUCAUUAAAUAAUAUCCUUUAUUUCCAAGCUGGGCUUGGAGCUAUGGCCAAUAUAUUUCUUCUUUUUUUCUACACUAUGAUAAUCCUGUGUCACAGAUCUAAGCCCAUGGACUUGAUCUCCUGUCAAUUGACCUUAAUUCACAUAAUGAUGUUUCUCACUGGAGGNAAUGUUUGGCUUACAGAUUUACUUGGGUCAUUGAACAUUGUCAAUGACUUCAUAUGUAAGGCAACUGCUUACAUUAACAGAGUGAUGAGAGGCCUCUCUAUCUGCAUCACCUGCCUCCUGAGUGUGUUCCAGGCUGUGAUGAUCAGUCCCAAUACCUCUCUUUUGGCAAAAUUUAAAUAUAAACUAAAAAAAUACAUGAUCUAUUCUUUUUUCUAUUUUUGGUCUUUCAAUUUGUCAUUCAGCAUUAACCACAUCAUCUAUACUGGUGCUUAUACCAACAUGAGUGAGACCAACCAGUUGAAGGUGACUAAAUACUGUUCAGUCUUCCCCAUGAACUACAUUAUCAGGGGACUGAUUUUAACCAUGACAACCUUAAGAGAUGUAUUUCUUGUAGGAGUCAUGCUGAUCACAAGUACAUACAUGGUGAUUAUCUUGUUCAGACAUCAGAGGCAAUGCAAGCAUCUUCAUAGCAUCAGCCAUCUNAGAGCCUCCCCUGAGAAAAGGGCCACACAGACCAUCUUGCUGCUGGUGGUAUUCUUUGUGGUCAUGUACUGGGUGGACUUCAUCAUCUCAUCCUCCUCAGUCUUGUUAUGGAUGUAUGACCCAGUCAUCCUGACUGUUCAGAAGUUUGUGAUGAAUGCCUCUCCCACAAUUACUCCAUUGGUACAAAUCAGUUCUGAUAAGCGAAUAAGCAUGAUGCUAAAAUAUAUGCAAAAAUUAUGCCACCAGGUUUUUUAAAAAGUGUAAUUUUCCUCUC